AUGCUAGCGUUAUCUCCUCCUUUGUUUUCAACCACAGCAUGGCCUUCAGAGGAUCUCUUGAGUCAUGACCAGAACUACUUCUACAGAGACAGUUCUAUUGAUCGAAGUGCAGAAUCCUUCCUUCCAUCUCAUCAGCCACAAGUUGACCUCGAUCGUUCCACUACUAUCAGCGGCUACUCCAGCGUUUCCACAAUGGCAAAGAAGCUUAACCAUAAUGCUAGCGAGCGUGAACGUCGCAAGAAGAUGAACAGCUUGUAUUCCUCACUGCGUUCACUGCUACCUGCCGAUCAAGGGAAAAAGUUAAGCAUUCCAAAUACAAUUUCGCACGUGCUGAAAUACAUACCAGAGCUUCAAAAGCAAGUGGAGGGAUUAAUUCAAAACAGGGAGGAGCUCUUAUCAAGAGCUUCUAAGCAAGAAGCUGUAAUGCAUGAGGAGAAGCAAAUAAAAAGCACAGCUCGGAGCUCAUUAUCUGCCGUUUCAACCUAUCGGCUUAGUGAUAGAGCAGUAGCAAUUCAAAUAUCUACCUUGAAGACCCACAACAAUCUAUUAUCUGAGAUAUUGCUAAUUUUGGAGGAGGAGGGGCUUCAAGUUCUAAAUGCUUCUUCCUUCCAGUCAUCUGGAGGGAGGGUCUUCUAUAAUAUACAUCUUGAGGUGGAAAGAGCUGACAGAUUAGAAUGCGAGAAUUUAAGCGAGAAGCUCAUGUCCUUCUAUGCGUGA